AGUAGUAGUGUAAGCCCCUCAGGCCCCCUUCGGCUCCAGGUACGACGGAGACGGGGAAUUGCUGUCCUGGCCAGCCCGUCUCAGCCCGUGUCUGUCAACGUCGUCUACGGCAAAACUCAAAAUCCGCACCUAACAUCUGCCCAUGUAGUCUGCUAUGUACAUGCCAUGCCUCGCCGUACCAUGCCCAGACUCGGUUCAGGCAAGGCAGAC